AUGGGUAAGGCAAAGAAACUCAAACCAUCACAGGUGGCAAAAAAUAUAGGUCUUGCUGACCAAAUUGAAGCUACAAAUUCGGUUAAGAUCAAGAACAGAAGCAAAGAUAAAAACAGACUAGAUGAAGAUGAAGAAUUUGUGAAUGCAAAUUUGUCUAAAAAGAUCUUAAAAGCAGCGCGAAGGCAACAAGCAGAACUGAGUGAUAAUGUAGCAACAUCAUCUAAAAACAUACUCCCAUUAUCCAUCAAUGAUUUAAGUUCUGAUCAUGAAGGAUCCGAUGAUGAUCUUGAACCAGAUGUUUACUAUGAUAACAUAGAAAUUAAUGAAGAUGAUGAAGCUGCUAUCAAUAUGUUUAUGUCGUCAAAACCUGAAAGAACAAGGACACUAGCUGAUAUAAUCAAAGACAAAAUUACAGAUAAACACACAGAACUUCAGACGCAAUUUUCAGAUGUAGAGACUUUGAAGCUUCAAAAUAUUGAUCCAAGAAUAAAAACUAUGUACGAAGGUGUUCGAGAUGUGUUACAAAAGUAUAGAUCAGGAAAAUUGCCAAAAGCAUUCAAAAUGAUUCCUCAUCUUCAAAACUGGGAACAAAUCCUUUACAUAACAGAACCUACUACUUGGUCUGCUGCUGCAAUGUACCAGGCAACAAGAAUAUUUGCAUCAAAUCUCAAAGAAAAGAUGGCACAACGUUUUUAUAAUUUAGUUUUGCUGCCACGGGUGAGAGAUGACUUAGCCGAAUAUAAAAGAUUAAACUUCCAUCUUUAUCAAGCUUUGAGGAAAGCUCUUUUUAAACCUGGAGCUUUUAUGAAGGGGAUUCUUUUACCAUUGUUAGAGUCUGGUGACUGCACCUUGCGAGAAGCUAUUAUUGUGGGAUCAGUUCUGGCUAGAAACUCAGUUCCUGUACUCCAUUCAAGUGCAGCCAUGUUAAAAAUAGCUGAAAUGGACUACACUGGGGCUAGCUCAAUAUUUCUGCGUAUUCUCUUUGAUAAAAAAUAUGCUCUGCCCUAUAGGGUUGUUGAUUCUGUAGUUUUUCAUUUCUUAAGAUUUAACAAUGAUAAUAGAAUUUUACCUGUGCUGUGGCAUCAAGCAUUGUUAACAUUUGUACAGAGGUACAAAUCCGACAUUUCUACUGAGCAAAGGGACGCGUUAUUGGAAUUAUUACGAAAACAAAGUCAUCCAACAAUAACACAAGAGAUAAGACGAGAGCUCCAAGCAGCUAAAUGCAGGGACCUUGAAGUAAAUGAAGCUGUACCAGAUUGUAUGGCCGUUGAAUAA